AUUUAUAAGGAGCUUCUAGCACACGUGGCGGCUUUCAGAUUCGCUUCGACCUCCCACAAAGCACCAUUACCUCGUCAUUUUCUUCAGUUUUGGCAGUUUAUUUGCAGACUAGUAGAAAAAAGAAAAGAAAAAUGUCUCUACGAAACCUGCAUUUGAGCCUUUCGUUGGCACUCCUCUCCAGCCUCUUUAUAGUGAAGACCUGCGCCGUUUCUGAAGAUGUCUCUGAAGACGGGUGUUUGGGCGAGACAGAAAAUCCUAAUGUGAAUUUCGCCUCUAAGGUUACCUAUAGUUUCGUUAGAGGGAAUAUCGCUGCAGAAGUACUGGCUCUGAAAAAGUCUGGAUGCCGGGUGCGCUCCGUGUGGAUGAUGGCUCGACACGGCAGCCGCUACCCAACAGAUCUUGAAGGGAGCUUCAUCUGGAAUUGGCUGCCGCGUCUCAAGGAGGAGAUCUUGGAAGCCCACGAGAUGGGUUCAGGUUCCUUGUGCCAGAAGACGCUCGAGCUCCUGAAGUCGUGGACAGGCGAGGAGUUCUCUUCUAGCCGCGGGAUGCAGCUCUUCGAUACCGGGAGGAAGGAGAUGAAGGGGCUGGGCGUCAGGAUGCGCGCUGCCCUUCCCCAUUUCUUCACGGAGGAUGCUCUGAAUCGCAGGGUUUUGAUAUGGUCCACGAAUACCAGCCGAACCAUAGAUACCGCAAAGGUUUUCUUGAAGGGUUUUUCUCCCUCAGAGGAUCUGGAGAAGAAUAUUACAGUCAAGACGAGUGAUCAGAUCCUAGAGUUCCCAGACAAAUGUCAUAAAUACAGCAAAACAGUCUUUCAAGGCCAGCGUAUGCCAGCCUUCGAACAGUACCUGAGGGGGCCUGAGGUCCAGAGUGUUGUCGACAGAGUGUCUCAACGCAUUGCCGUCUCAGUCAACUUAAAACAAGUGGGUACCAUGUACAACACCUGUCGUUAUUACAAAGUGAUGGAACCACAGAAAAAAUCCGUUUGGUGUGCUGUCUUCAGUAAAGAAGAUCUUAAGGUCUUGGAAUAUGGAGAGGACCUUUUCCUAUACCACCAUCAUGGUUAUGCUUUCAAUAUAACUUUCGAACAAGCUUGCCCUGUUGUGAAGGACAUAAUUCAGCUUUUUAGGAACCAGAAUGAAACCAGUGCGUUCUAUUUCACACACUUAGAAACUGUGAUGAAGGUCAUGACCCGCUUCGGCUUCUUCAACGACAGCGUCCCCCUCAGCCACACCGAGAGAGAUGCCAACCGUCUGUGGCGCACCUCGCGUUUCGGGGGAUUCGGGAGCAACCUCGCCUUGCUGCUGACCCAGUGCGGGAGGGAAGGAUGGACCGUCAACACCUACAUCAACGAGAGGAAGGCCCCCCUGCCCGAGUGCACGUUUCCGACAGGUUGUCCCUGGCCCCGUUUUCUACAGCUCUAUGGCCAGUACGAGGUCUGCCCAUUCGACGACUUGUGUGAAAACGAAAAUCCCUGUGUAGACUGUCAACCGGACCAUUUGCAUUUAUUGAGAAACAUUUUAAAAGAACUUUAGAUUUUGUAUUUUUGUUUGAUUGGAUAAAUGCAAAAAGGAUAAAGUGAGUUAACAAUGUGUUUUGUUUGUUUGGAUAAAUACAAAAAGGAUGAAGUGAGUUAGCACUGUGUUUUGUGUGUUAAGAUAAAUGCAAAAAGGAUAAAGUGAGUUAACAAUGUGUUUUGUUUGUUUGGAUAAAUACAAAAAGGAUAAAGUGAGUUAGCAAUGUGUUCGGUGCCAAAUGCUUUAUAGUGCUAUAGGAUAGUAUGUUAGUGAAAGGGUUAAAAAUGGGGGAGAAAAUGGAGUAAAAGAGAGUAAAAAAGGGAUGAGUAAAAGGGGAAGGGGUUCCGGGCGUAGGACGAUUAGAUCAAAUGGAGAAGAUCUUUGUCUGAGGAAGAGAGAGGAACACUGUAUGAGGAAAACAUAACGGCAGGAGAUCCAAACUGAAACAAACAACUGGCAAUAAAGGGUAGAAAUGGGAGGAGAAGAAGUAGGAGAAAGUGGUUGGAGUAAGAGAAAGAAGGAUCCGGAGAAGGAGGUGAGUGAUAAGGAUAAUGGGGAAAGGAGGUAAGGAUUCAGGGAAAAGAAGAGGGAAUGUGUCUAGGGGAGUAUGGAUGUUGUUGGGAGAGAGAGAGAGGGGGGGGGGGGAGGGAAAGAGGGAUAUCGAUGAUUACUUUGAAUGAAAUGGAAUAGGAAUUGAGAGUGGAAGGUGGUUGAGAGACCGGGGCGUAGAGGAAGAGAGGGCGGGGUGGAGUGAGGUUGUACUGUGGGAAGCAGGAAGAGUUGUAAUUAGGGAGGAGUGGGCAGCCAAUGAAGAGGAUUGUGUAGGAAGAGUACUCUUACACGUUAGGAAGUGGACAGAAGAUGGAAUUGAAGGAGAGAAGGAAAAUGACAGAAGGAAAAGAGAAGAACAUGCUGAAUUCGUCGAGGCGAAGACUGAAGUCCAAAGCAGGUGUGAUCCCCUACAUCAGUCGCCGUCUCCUGUAGUCUCCCCCCCCCCCCCACGAUAGACACGGGCAUGGGGGGGGGGGGUUGUAUGGGAUAACUGUAUGAUUACCUUUAUCUCUCUUUUAUCUAUCCUCUUAUUUAUUUUAUUUUUCUUUUCCGUAACAUUUAAAGGACUAUGUGCAUAAGUAAGCCUCAUUUUACCAUUGUGAUUUUUUGAGAAAACAAACUAAAUUAACUGGUAAUAGGAAACAGUGGAAGAUCCUGAUUUAAGAACUGUAUGUUUGGAUUAGGAUAAAUACAUUUUUGUUAAGAA